GUCCAUGACAAGAGGCGAGUCUCGCUGCCGACCACCACUGCACUGGCUGCCGCGGCGCCCGACGUGUCUGGUUGUAGGCAGACUGCAAGUUCGGUGAAGUUGUUUUGAGGGAAAAGUUUUUUACUUGGCCCGACACCUGCGACCUUCCGUGAUGUUUCGCAGAAACGCUAGUUGGUUCAUCCGCAUUUGUGUGGCGGUGGUCAUAUGUAGUGGCUACAGUCGCCCAGUUUCCGUUACAGAAUCCCUCACAGUGGGACGAGUUCAGGAGGCUGAGGAGGCCACGGCAGUUGAUCUGGGUGCCCUGCUGGACGCCGGGGACGGCGCUGUGGUGACUCUGCUGGCCGGGGACACGCGGCUCGUGGCUCACAGGGCUGUCUUGGCCGCCAGGAGUCCCGUGUUUGCAGACAUGGUCCGUCGCGUCACUGUAGAGGGCAGCAGCAGCCAGCUCGUACUCUCGGACACAGAGGGUCCUGUGCUGCGCCAGUUGCUGGCAUACCUCUACACCCUGCAGGUGCCUCAGCUGCCCAGCAUGGCCCCACAGCUGCUGGUCGCCGCCGACGUAUACGGCCUCUCGGUACUGAAAGCGCACUGUGAGCAACAGGUGGUCGCCCAGCUGUCUGUCGAGACUGCGGCAGCUGCAGGUGUUAUCGGGAUUAGGCAUUCCGCCAACAGGCUGAAGCAGGCCGCCGUCGCCUUCAUAAAGGCCCACAUGCUCCGUGUGAUGGCGACGCAGGGCUGGGCUGAGGCUGUAGUUAACGACCCACAAACCAUUGUGGAGUUGACUCAUCUGAUUGCAGAGAUUGUGUACAAUUCUACGUUACACAACGAUAAGUGUGUGUACUGCCAGGCCUACAAUGUCCACCACAAAGUUUAAUUAGAUGUGCAUGCG